CUGGCGCCACGGCGGAGCAAACGAUAAGCUGAUAAGGUAACAGUAGUAUCUUCAGCUUCAGGACUUGAGCGCCCCUGCAGCGGAGCCUGGACCAAGCUCCGCUGCCCUGCGAAGCCUGGAAUCAUGGCGAGAGCUUGCAACCACGUGCUGAGGCUGCCGCUGAAUCCGGUCACGACGCCGCUCCCAGGCGGCCGAAGCCGCGGCGCCCGGUGCAGAACGCUCGCCGUGUACGCGCAGCUUCCGACCGAAGACGAUGCCUACCCGACGGAGCCGUUGAAGAAAGCGCAAGUCGCACAGAGCGCCCGGAGGAGCCGCCGGAGGGGAGCCGGCGGCGCGCGGCAGAGCCUGGUCUCCGUCGGAACGGCGCGCGGCGGAGGGGACCAGUGGAGCAGCGACUUCGACCUGACGAUGCGGCAGCUGCGCCUGGACGAUCUUAUCGAGGACGGGCAGAGGGACGCCGACGUGCUCGUGCACCUUCUAGUUCAGCAGCAUACACAGUUUGGGAUGUCUAUAAAAGGGCGAGUGCUGACAUCGUUCAGAAAAAUCUGCGAUUCCUGCUCCUCUCCCUACUGCACAAACAUCGAUGAGAAAUUCAAUCUCACGGUUCUGUCUUCAUCAAGGAGAGAUCAGAGCGGGCUGCCAUAUCUCGGUGACAGCGAUCCGUCGGUCAUCUAUGUGAGACCAGGAGAGGAAGUUGAUCUUGACUCGGUAAUCCAAGAGACUGUACGAUUAACGGCAUCGGCUAAGCUACCUGCUAUGUUGCUGAUCAGUAUAUCUACAAUAUAUCCAGAGUUCCUGUUCGGAGGCCUGUGAAAAGUCUACAGUCGUAUGGCAAUAUGGUAGUAACCAGAGGAAGAAGAGUUCCAGCCAAAGAUGGUCAAAACUUCUUGAUCUAAAGAAAACCCUGGAUAAAGCGCCUAAGUGAAUUAGUAUUGGGCAUCAUUGAAUUACAGAUGGAGCUUCAUCUUGCAAUGCUACAUAGAGUGCAGUCAAUAUGCCGGAUACUGCUACCAAAAUGAUGCUGGUAUGCAAGUUGAAAGUUACGACCAUUUGUUUUGAGCAGUAGAUUGAUGGUUUGUAACCUUCUGGCUAUCUGAUCUGAAUGGUAUAUAUGUGACUCUUAGAUAGCCACUGUAAUGUAAAGAAUAAAUAUCAAUGGGCAUGAUUGGCCAUUGACUGGUCAUGUUCAGACUUCAGAACUCAAAUACAGGGUAACACAGUUUACUAUACUCA